GCAUUUUCGUAAAUACCGCCCGGUCAGACGUCGUAGGUAUCGACGGACCACGCGUCGUAGCUAUCUCCGAAAACGUAUUUGACCGACAUAUCUUGUUGAUAGUCGGUGAUUGGUCAUGCUCGUUAGCCAUGCGUUUAUUGAACUCGCGGUCAUCGAGACAUAACCUGGUGUCAUUCGAUUUUAUAUCGAAUUUGACAAAAGGAUUCCCGUGUUGCGUGGAUGUGCGCUUGAUUUUCCCCAUCCCUUCUAAAUCGGCUAAGUUCGGUUUUAGCUUUUUCCGUUGUAUCUCCGGUGCGGGAUGUUGUUGCAUUUGAACCAUGGAGAUAAAGGAAAGAGUAUAGAGCCGCGAAAUUGAAGCCGAAGUGGGGAAGAGGGGUAAGCCUUCAGCCAUCUUGUUCCGCGAAAUUAGUGCUGCUAUCUAAUGCAGAGCAGAGCUAUUUGCUACUUAAUAUAGUGUGAAGGAGUGCUAAGUAAAAUUAACUAAGAAGAAGAAGAAUACGAUAUACAAGUAAAUUAAGUGCAUAAGAAAAUGCCAUCGUGUAUUUUGAAAACUUGUUAUAACAGAACCUUCCGAAAAUCACAUAAACAAGAAGAACUCGAAAAAAAGCAGAAGAUAACUUUUCACACGUUUCCAAAAAAUACGUACAGACGAAAGCAUUGGUGUGAAAUAUUACAGUUGCCUGAGAAUUCUAUAAAAUCAAAUUCAGUAAUAUGCUCAAUGCAUUUUCAUGAAGAAAGUUUCGAUAAAUCGUCACGACGCUAUAUUAGAUUAAAAGCUGAUACCAACCCAUAUUUACCUUCACAAGCAUUAUCAAUGCAGAGGAAAUCUCCAAUAAAAUGUAUAGAGCAAAUAUAUACAAAAAAAUGUACAGUUACUUCAGAAAAGUUAUUGUCUAACAAUGAAGAUCACAUAAGAGGAAUUCUAAACUUGCAAGCAGACAAUAUAUCUACUGAACAAAUGGAUGCAGCACAAAAUAUUGAUGUUUUUAAUAUGGAAAUGCUCAUAUGUGAAGAAACAGUUAAUAAAAAAAGAAGAAGCAAUAAUGUCAUUGCUCCUGAUACGCAUCUUAAACAAGAAAUUGCACAAUCAUCUCCAAAAAUAUCAAGAGUGUCAAUACUUCAGUGUCUCCAUGGAAAAUUUAUAAUUCACCCAACAAAAAACAGUUAAGAGAAGAAUUAAGAAGAACGAAAGAACAGUACAAUCUGCGGAUAAAAACUCUAACACAAAAAACAAGACGCAUGAAAAAAAAGAUAGUGUCACUGGAAAAUAUAUUAGAAGCUAUAAAACAAAAAAAUUUCUUAGAAGAAGAGCAACUGUACAAUUUGAAAGCAAAGGGCAGAUGAUUAAAUGGGAUCACAUUGUUGCAUUGCACGAACUUCAACAAAAUGAAGGUUUACAUCUCGGCAAUAAAUUACGGCAACAACAUAUACAGUACCAUAAGAAGAAAAUGAAUGUACGUUUUGCUACUCAGGUAUGCAGUGCAUCUGUUGCAAACGCUCUUAGAACUGUGUUACAAUUAGAUAAGUUUACUGAUACAGAAGCAACAGAAGAAUAUCUUAACAUGAUAAACGACUUAUUUGAUAUAUUUAAUUCUAGAAACU